AUGCUUUCUCCUCUCAACACCCAGCCCGCAGUAAAGAAGAAGCGCGAUGAUAAAGCUCACGACAGGGCUGCCAAGCAAGCUCGUCGCGACAAGAUCACUGAAGCCAACGCUACUAACUCGCCUCUUCCCCGCUUACCAGGCGAUCUACGUAAUUUGAUCUACACCUAUGUAUUCAGCGGCAACAAGUGGACGUUCGAAAACUGGACCCCUGCCGCGCGGAGGAACUUAGCCAAAGAGAACGACCUAGGGUUACUGUUCACCUGUCGCCAGCUCCAUACAGAGACUGCACUGCUUCCAUACACGCUGGGAAGGUUUACGUUCAGAAUGAUAUACGUGAGCCAAGAGCAGGGAGAAGAUCGAGUGGACGAUUUUCUCGAAGAGAGAUCCGUUGAGCAGCUGAUCGCCAUUGGUAGUUUGGCGCUCAUGGGAUAUGAUGAGGAAAUUGAUGAAUACACAUAUGUUCGCGGAACCGGAGAGUACUGGGCAGAAAAACUAGGAUGGGUCUGGGAAUAGUUGGUUAUCCGGCCGCCAGCCUUGUCUUUGGCUGGAUGUCUUCUUUAUGAGCAUAUGGCAGAGAUGAUACUCAUCGAGG